UCUUGGCCGAUGAGGCACUCGCGGCGUGCGCGCAUCAAAAUCAACGAAAUAGCAGACCAAAACAAAACAAUUAUUAAUAAACACCUCUAGCCGUCCGACGUCUUGCUCAUGAGCACAUAACGGAACAGUGCGUAUCAGCUGUUUGGAUUCUUAACGCCUAUUUCGGCUUAAAACUCAUAAAUGUUAUUCCGAGGUUGGUUCGUGCCUCUGAAGGGACCUUUUCGAAUAACCAUAAGGCAUAAUUACACCAGUAAAGGGGAAUUAUAUAACAAAUGCUACCGCAUACUUGGGGUUACCGAGCAGUCCGACCAGAACACGGUUCGAGAGGCCUACAUUGCCAUGGUGAAAAAAGUGCAUCCAGACAGUGGACAACCGGAAGCGAAUGCCGAAAAAUUUCAAGAAGUUGAUGCCGCUUUUCGGAUUCUCCAGCAGAAAUUUGCUAAAUCUCGGCGCGGAAUCGUAGAAGACUUGCAGGAUACGGUCAAGGUGUUCGAUAUUCGCCACACGGCUCCACAACAUCGCCAAUACCUGAGUUUUGAUGGUGUUGGCGUGGGCACACCGGCUCAACGCCAGAAGCAAUACCAGGCGGUGCGGGCUCAGCGCGCACAGGAACGAGUACUGGAACAUCGCAUGUCCAAAGCACAGGCUUCCGAAAUGGCAUUGAUGAAAAAAGGCGAUCACUUCAAGAAACACGAGAUCAAAACCAAAUACGGAUACGAUCGGGUGGUGGAGGAUUUAAUACAGGAGGCAAUGGGAAGAGGGGAUUUUAGCAACUUGUCCGGGUUUGGUAAACCCUUGCCCGAUCUACAGAGUCAAAAUCCCUACGUCGAUUUCACUACGCAUAAGAUCAACAAAAUCAUGCUAGAUAAUGGGUUCACACCGGAGUGGAUCACGCUGCACAAGGAGAUUCGAGAGGAGACGCAGAGCUUAAAGCAGAGUUUGUCGAAGGAGCGCGGUCAUUUGGGGGAGCUGCCAUUGAGCCCUCAGGAUGAGUACAAAUGGGAAAAGGCAUGUAAGGCGCAUGCAACGACACUUGAUGGAAUCAAUAAGAAAAUAGAUAAGUUUAACCUGAUUGUACCGGUGCUAAACAAGCAAAUGAUUCAUUUGGAUCUUAGGAAAAUAGCUGGUAGAAUUCUGGAAACGGAGAAGGAUAGCAGCCAGAUUCGCAGGGAUGAAGAACUUUUGUCACCGGGUAAUAAUCCAAAAGAUGCAGCCCAAACUAAUAUUUUUAGCUUUAUUGGAUCGUUGUUAAAAUAAUGGCAAAGCUGUAACAGUGGACCAAAUAUAAUUAUUAAACAUUUCAAAUGUUUUGUGGUUAACUAUGAAAAAACUAGGAUAGCAAAUUUUAAAUUUUAAUACAAGGGGAUUAAAACCAUACUGGGCAUUUGAAUCAGUUGUAUGU